AGAUGAGCAGAUUUUGUCCUUAUCUUUCUGUUUUUUCUAAUAAGAUUAUGGUUUUCGUUUGUGGUGAUUAAAUUUCUUUCCAAAUUGGUUAAUUGGUGUCUUUUCUGGUUUUCCAUUUUAUUGUUCACCUCAACAUUCCUCUGUUCUUCUACCAGAAAAUAAAAAAAGAAAAAGAAAAAAAUUCCUCUGUUCUUGGGAAAGCUUAUUUCUGUAUGGGUCAGGUCGAAAUCCCUCUGAGAGUCUCAGACUAGGAGCUUUGGUGUGGAAAAUCUAACAUUUCAUUUAUUUAAAGCUGUGUAUUAGAUCCAUUUAUUUUUGGAAAGAUGUCUUCCAUCAAACUGCAAGGAAGUGGGAUAGAAAGAACUUUGUCACAUGAAGAGCAGCAAACUAAGAUCAAUGAAGUUAGACAGCUUUUAGGUCCUAUUGCUGACAAGCUGCCGAAUUUCUGUUCGAAUGCUUCAAUAUUAAGGUAUCUCAAAGCAAGGAAUUGGAAUUCGAAGAAUGCAUGUAAAAUGCUGAAGGAAUCCUUGAAGUGGAGGCUGGAAUACAAGCCAGAAAAAAUCCACUGGGAGGAUGUUGCCUGUGAUGCUGAGACAGGGAAGAUCUACAGGUCCAACUACUUAGACAAGUAUGGAAGGACUGUUCUAGUCAUGAGACCUGGUUUCCAGAACACAACCUCGACAAGAAGGCAGAUAAAAUAUUUGGUUUAUUGUAUGGAGAAUGCCAUAAUGAAUUUGGCCUCAGAUCAGGAACAGAUGGUAUGGCUAAUCGACUUUCAAGGGUGGACUAUGGGGUGUGUAUCAAUGAAGGUCACUCGUGAAACAACUCGUAUAUUGCAGGAUCAUUACCCUGAGAGGCUGGGCAUAGCAAUCCUCCAUAAUCCGCCAAAAAUUUUUGAGUCUUUUUGGACGAUGGUGAAACCCUUUCUAGAGCCUAAGACGUACAAGAAAGCGAAAUUUGUAUAUUCUCAUUGCCCAGAAAGCCAAAAGAUAUUUGAGGACCUUUUUGAUAUGGACAAGCUUGAAUCUGCAUUUGGAGGACGAAACACAGUUGGGUUUGACUACAAAGAAUACAGUGAGCAGAUGAGAGAGGAUGACAGGAAGAUGACUGAUUUCAUUAACUCAGGAUAUUCGCCUCCAUCAGUUUUAUCUGAUUUCCCGCAGUCAGAGUCAUCAGUUUCAGGAUGUGGUUCAUAUGAAGAAGUGUCUUGUGGAGAUGAUAGAAUUGAUCCGGCAGGUAGUGAUGAUCUUACAGAUGAGAAGAUACCUGGCCACCUUGGCUGCAAAGAUUGUGCUAAUGUGCUUACAGAGGCUCAGGAAAAGGUGAUGCAAAUGAGUGAGUCAGCUUAAAACUUGGGAAACAUGGGUAAGGGCUUAAUCCAUUUCUUGUCAACCAGUAUAUAUGUGAUGGCCAAUGAAUCUAUUCCAGGAUUCACCAUAUUAAUUUUAUUCAUUUAGCAGCUUUAUAUAGGCCAUAGCUACGCAUAUGCAGGCACAAAUUCACUAUGUGAUGACGCGUAGUGGGUCAUGAUCUUGAGGCUAAUUUUUUUGCAUAAACCAGGUGAUUGGGCGGAUGAAUCACCACCACAAAUCUCCUUCAGAAGGAACUCUGCUUCAAUUUUGUCAUUGUAUAAAUUUAGAUAUUGUUAACUGUGAUCGUCUUGAUUCAAGAUCCCUGGUUUGUCUGGAUUAUAUCAUCAGUGGGGGUGGUUGUAACUCUGUUGGGAAAGAAUCGCAUAACCUUUCUUCAAUUUAGUGGAAAGUACAUUUAACUGAACAAAA